AUGGAGCUGUACGAGUGUGAAGACGCCGUUCACCUGGCGCUCCAGCAACGUCGUUCGCAACUCAUUGUGCGCAUCAUCAACAAGUUCCUGGCCCAGCAACAGACCAAAGACAAGAGUGCAGCGGCUGCCAUCGACUUUGUGUGCCUCGACUGUCGAGACGACGGACCCGAAGGAAGCGCUCGCGCUUUUUUCUCUGCGCCUCCUCCAACUAUUGUCUUCUGUGCCAACCGCCUCCAUUCAUCACAAGAAGUAGAGGAGACCAUGGUGCACGAGCUCAUCCAUGCUUACGAUUUUACUGUGCGAAAAAUGGACAUCACGAAGGCAGACAUUUUAGCUUGCAGUGAGAUCCGUUCCGCACGUGAGUCCGAGUGUUACCAGAAGGCAAAGCUGCUAGAAAAAGUGCUGCCCAAUGUCGAGUUUUUCCAAAAAAGCACACGCUGGCUCAACGAGCGCUGCGUGCGUGAACAUGCCGUUCGUUCCACGAGUUCUAUGUUUCCAGCAGAAGCGCGCAAGGAAGUAGAUAAGAUGUUCGACCAGUGCUAUGCUGACCACAGUCCUUUCGACUGA